AUGGAGGAGUUUGCUGGAACACCGGACCUCGCAGCCAAGACCCGCUUGGAGGACGUUCAACAGCUGAAGAAGCGAGGCAUCAGUGUCAUCGCCUCCCUUGUCCGUCAGUCCAUGUCGAAUGCUCCCGACGUGAAGGGUGCAAAGAAGACGAAGGUCAUCAAAGGCCGUGAGAGUUGGGUCGCAGGUUUGUUGCGGAAUCAGUUGUCGCUGGACCUUCCACUUCUGAUCCAUCUUUCGCUUGGAAGCCCUGCGCUCCAUAACGUUACUGAAGCGGAUGACUUCGGUUCCGGGACUAGUGACUUGAGCGGUGGUGAUGGUGCUGGAGAGCAGCCCAAGCCCGUCGGCAAAGGAGGUGCGAAGGGGCAGCAUCCGGCAUUCGCCCGAAUUGAGCAGAAGUCGAGGGGCAUCACCAAGCCGGAUCUGAGGCGUCUCGCACGUCGUGCCGGUGUUCAGCGAGUUGCCGGUGGCAUCUACGACGAGGUUAGAGAGGUCAUCACGGGAUUUUUGCAGAAGAUCUUGCGCGAUGCUGCCGUGUACGCCGAGCAUGCUCGCCGGAAGACGGUAGUGCCAAUGGACAUCGUGCUGAGCCUCCGACGUCGUGGCCAGGUAAUCGUUGCAGGCUUCGCGCCAUGGUAA